GUUAGCUAGCUUCUAAGCUAGUUAGCUAGUUGUUGUAGUUGACAGCGUACACGGGAGUCGGUUAACGUUAGCUAACUAGCUUCUAACUAACGUUUUCUGCCCUGCUGACUGUCGACAUCGGUCAUGGACGACGAAAGCCACCCCAAAACCCUGUAUGUGGGAAACCUCUCCAGGGAUGUAACAGAAAUUUUGAUUCUGCAACUCUUCACCCAGAUAGGGCCUUGCAAAAGUUGUAAAAUGAUCACAGAGCAUACAAGCAAUGACCCCUAUUGCUUUGUGGAGUUUUUUGAACACAGAGAUGCUGCUGCAGCCCUUGCAGCCAUGAAUGGGAGGAAGAUAUUAGGAAAGGAGGUCAAAGUAAAUUGGGCCACCACUCCAAGUAGCCAGAAGAAAGACACAUCCAAUCACUUCCAUGUUUUUGUGGGUGAUUUGAGCCCUGAGAUUACCACUGAGGAUGUCAAGGCUGCAUUCGCACCUUUUGGGAAAAUCUCGGAUGCCCGUGUUGUGAAGGACAUGGCGACAGGCAAAUCAAAGGGGUAUGGAUUUGUGUCCUUCUACAACAAACUGGAUGCAGAGAAUGCCAUUAUUAACAUGGGUGGACAAUGGCUUGGAGGACGCCAAAUCAGGACCAACUGGGCAACGCGUAAACCACCAGCUCCAAAGAGUGCCCAGGACAACGGUUCGAAGCAGCUGAGGUUUGACGAUGUAGUGACUCAGUCCAGUCCACAGAACUGUACCGUGUACUGUGGAGGGAUCCAGUCAGGAUUAUCAGAACACCUCAUGCGACAGACCUUCUCACCUUUUGGUCAAAUAAUGGAAAUAAGAGUUUUCCCAGAGAAAGGAUACUCUUUCAUCAGGUUUUCCUCCCAUGACAGUGCUGCCCAUGCCAUUGUUUCAGUAAAUGGCACAGCCAUCGAAGGGCAUAUUGUGAAGUGCUUCUGGGGCAAAGAAUCUCCCGACAUGGCAAAAAAUCCACAGCAGGUUGAGUACAGUCAGUGGGGGCAGUGGAACCAGGUCUAUGGAAGUCCACAGCAGCAGUAUGGGCAGUAUGUGGCCAACGGGUGGCAAGUUCCCUCCUACAGCAUGUACGGCCAGACGUGGAACCAGCAAGGAUUUGGAGUAGAGCAGUCCCAGUCACCGGCCUGGAUGGGAAGCUUUGGAUCUCCAUCAGCCCAGGCUGCAGCCCCACCUGGUCCAGUCAUGUCCAACCUGGCCAACUUCAGCAUGGCUGGCUACCAAACGCAGUGAGCUGGCCCUGAACUAAGUGUAAUACCAAGGGGAUUUUGUCAACCCUUUAGACCACAUAGCACUCUUUCAUCUGGACAGCUGCUCUGGUAAAAGAAGGGCGGGGCCAUAUUCACAAAGCCUUUGUAGCUAAUAGUUGCUCCUAAGCCCGUUUAACAUUAUGUUUUAAAUGACUUUGUUCAUUUCACUUAGAACUUUUAAAAAGUUUAUUUGAUGAUAAUUUAUAGUUCUGUUAUGGAAAAGUGCUCUUGGGCUUCUGAAGUAAAGCCAAACCAGCCAUCUUUGUCUGUCCAGUAGAUGUUAAAGGACAUACCAAUCUUUUGAAUGUUUUGCCCAAUGAGAAUCAUACCUAGUAGGUGACAAGAGGAUUUGCAGCAUUAGCAUGCUAACUGGUCAGGUAUCUAACAGACACAGAUGCCCUUCCUCUCAUCACACAUCAAAGACAACCAUCAAAAAGUCAGUGUAGUACUUCAAAACUAAUUGUUCCCCUCUCAGAUUAAAGAUACGAACAAACUAUUUUGUGGAGCUAAAAGCACACUCACUACAAGCCAUCAUGUUACUCCAACAGCUCACUGGAAUAUGACAGAUUAAAAUCCCCCAAAACCUCAAACUUUAUGACAUUAAUAUUGAGUCAUUCAACUAUAGCAAUAUCUGCUCUCAGUUUGCCAUCAUGGUGUUAUAAUAUUUUAAUAUUUAAGUGAGAACUCUUUGUUACAGCCUCGUCAAAAUGUUUAUUUACUUGUCAUACUAGGGGCAUUUUUCUGUCAUUUUAUACAACAGAGGACAAAAAUCAAACCAAGUCUUCAUGCAUUGAUGAGUUAGUUUUUGUAAGAUAUGUCAGUUUUUAAAACAGCACGCAGUGAUCACAGUGUUGUACAGGUCAAGCAGGUAUGAUCAGUCAUCAUGAAUUUGUGUGGCAAACUGCAAUGAGCCACAAGAAUGAACCGACCUACGAAAUGUUGGUCUGGGCUUCGCUUCAGCUCAUGCAGUGUGUAGACAUUUCGUCCUAUUUUCAUAUAUUAAUGAAAAAUGCUUUGUGAAUAGAGGCCCGGGGACAGUAGUUAAUCUUUCCAGUACAUGUGAAGAGAGUAUUUGUACAAACAACUGUGGCUUUAAAGGAGACUUUAGUGAGAGGUGGUAUCGUAUCUCUUGGGUAAAUUUUGUGUACAAAGAAAAAUUUCACCUACACAGCUCUCAAAGCAAAAAAGAAAUAUGUUUUUCAUGUUUUGUAUCAGAGUGAUCAGCAUGUUCUUUGCAGACUUUUGAUGGAUUUUAGUUUACACCUUAUGGUAGCCUAGAUUGGACUAAUUUAUAAUCCUGUGUCUCAAGGGAAAGGCUAUAGCACAUGCUUUCUGUGUAAAGAAAAUAUUGUAAAAACAGCGUAAACCCCCAAACUUUGUAAAGGUAACUGACGCUGUGUGCUGAUUCUGGGGCUGGUUUCCUAGAGGAAUAUUGAAUCUUAAAUAUUUUCUUCCUCCUUCCUUCCUCUUGUUAACCUCAGUUAAUUGAUAGUUAUCUCUUUCUAAUGGCUGUGAGAGUUUGCGAAGAACUUUAGAUUUAAUUUAGCAACAAAACCAGCCCCUAACUACAUUGCAUCACGUUUUAUAUCAUUCAAAAUGUUGUUUUUCUUUUUUUAGUCAUCACCGACCUGUGUCAAGACAAAUGUUUUAGGCUUAUGAUGAAUUGGGAUUCUUUUAUUUUACUUUAAUUCCACUGAAAGUGGAAGGUUUCUGCAAUUGAUUCAUUAGGGCAGCAGGAACUUCUGCUUCCCUCAGUGCAUUCACAGAAUACUUCUAUAUAUCCGAAAUAAACUAUUUAAAAAUUACUGACAAAUUGUGACAAGAGGAUUUCUCAAAGACGUCCUGCCAUUUGGAUUUUAUUUGCAUAUGUGCCAUUUUGUACAUUGUACUACACUCCUCCUAAGCUCACUCUCCCUUCCCUGUUGUAUUAGCCAACAUACAUGAUAAUGUUUUUGUUUGUUUAUUAGAGCUGGGGGGUGUUCACUUAACAAAACAGGGUCAUGUUGGCUGAGAGUGUAAAUACAAACCUUGAUCACAAACCUUCAUAAAACUUAAGAAAUAAUGUACAUACUGUAGGUAGAAUGUUAUGAAAAAAAUGCCAUCAUUAAAUUUCAGCAAUAUAAUUUAUGCAUAAGCCUUAAUUGAUGUGUUGGUAAAUUCAAACUUUGUGUUAUUUCCAGAGGCUCCAUUACUAAAUUCUUUUCCACUGUGGAUUUUCCCAUUUUUAAGUUUGUGUGCCAUUUUGAGGUCGUAGCAGCAGGCGGGUGAAGUUUCAGCUUGAACUGCACGCUUAUGACAUGUAAUAUAUUUCUUGCUUAAAAUAAUGAAUGUAAUUGCAAUUUGCUUUUAAGACAAUAAUUCAUGUAAGUUGAACAACAGAAGUGAUGUUUAAUAAUAAAGGAUGAAAUCUUUUUUUUUUUCUUUUUUUCUUUUUUUCCAUUUAACGGAAAACCUCAAGAAGUCACGUCAAAUAAAGAAACAUUUGAACCUG